AUGUCCUUGAAAGUAGCUGCUGUGAAUUUUCCAACGGCGGGGAACGAGAUGUUAACGGUGGUAAGAGAGUACGAUGAAGAGAAAGACAGGGCGGGUGUGGAGGAGAUGGAGAGACGAUGCGAAAUCGGGCAAGGAGGAAAGCCUUCACUUGUGGCUGACCUUUUAGGCGACCCCAUUUGUAGAGUCCGCCAUUUCCCUUCUCACAUCAUGCUGGUAGCAGAAUAUGGAGAUGAAAGAGAGAUAGUAGGAGUUAUAAGAGGCUGUAUAAAAACGGUCACAAGGGGCCAUUCAGUAUAUGUAAAGUUGGCUUAUAUUCUGGGUUUAAGGGUUGCUCCUUCCCACAGGAGGCUAGGCAUGGGGAAAAAACUGGUUCAGAAAUUAGAAGAAUGGUGUAAGCAGAAUGGAGCAGAGUAUGUAUAUAUGGCCACAGAUUGCACCAACGAAGCAUCCAUCAAUUUGUUCACCAGAAAUUUUGAAUACACCAAAUUCCGCACCCCAACAAUGCUGGUGCAGCCGGUCCAUGCUCAUUACAAGCCGUUAGGCUCCAGCAUAGCCAUCGUCCGACUCCACCCGAAGCUCGCCGAGACCAUUUACCGUCGAGUAUUCGCAAACUCGGAAUUCUUCCCUAAAGACAUAGGUGAGAUUUUGUACAACAAGUUAAGUUUGGGGACGUUCAUGGCCUUACCGAAGAAGAGUCUCCCGGAAUGGGAUCCCAAAACAGGGAUUCUUCCAUCGAGUUUCGCCAUUACGAGUGUUUGGAGCACCAAGCAACUGUUCAGGUUGCAAGUUAAAGGGGUGUCGACGUUGACGUACGCUUGUUGCAUGGCUUCAAGGGUGCUUGAUGCUUGGAUGCCAUGGCUGAUGUUGCCUUCCUUUCCCGACGUUUUCAGGAAGUUUUGGGUUUAUUUUUUGUACGGUUUACACAUGGAAGGCAAGAAUGGAGGCCGGCUCAUGAAAUCUCUUUGUGCCUUUGCCCAUAACAUGGGUCGUGACGAUGAUGGGUGCGGCGCCGUGGUGGCGGAGGUGGGACAGAGGGACCCUGUUCGAGAGUUUAUCCCACAUUGGACCAAGUUUUCUAUGUCCGAGGAUUUGUGGUGCAUGAAAAAAUUUCACGAUGGGUCCGGUGACUUAUGUGGGUCCUUGAUUGGUUGAAAUCUCGACCUUCUUCACCGCUGAUCUUUGUUGACCCACGAGAUAUUUGACUUCUUUUGUGAUGAUUAUCUUAGAAAGUCAUAAUUUCAUUAUAAGCAUUAAUAUAAUUGUUUAUUACUAGAUC